AUGACAGGAGUAGAGGAAGCAUACCUCAAAAGAAAGAGAGCUAGUGCUGCAGCCGUCGUUUCAAAGGAAGAUGAAUUGGACGAAUUCAAAGCAAUCUUUGAUAAUGGUUCUACAAAGGUCAAACCACAAAGAGUUACCGAUGAAGAUUUAGAGUUCUUUAAUAGUAAUUCUGGGUUUCAUUCAUCUGCUGAUUUAGAGAAUAUUCAACUUGAAACAAAGAAAUUGAAAAAGAUAGAUAAAGGAAAGUUUGAUAAGGAUCAAAUGACUGAUUCAGAGGAUGAAGAUGAAGAUUCACAAGAUUCACAAGAUGAAAAGGAAGAAGAAGAUCCAGAUUACUCUGACGAAGGUGAUUUAGAAGAAGAUGGUGAAGAGUUGGAUGAAGAGGAAGUAGAAAACAAAUUCAUUGAGAAUAGAGAACAUAGAAAUUGGACUGAUUUUGAAUUGGUUAGAAAUAGAUUACCAAUUAAAAAUCAAGAUGGUACAGUCAAGAAGAUUACAGAGAUUCAAUUGACACCACAAGUUAGAAAGGAACAAUUACCAUUUGAAAAGUUUGAACAAUCAAAGAUCUUGACACGAAAGGAAAAGAGAGAAUUGGAACAAACACAACGCAAACAAGAAGCCAUGGAGAAAAAGAGAAUGGAAUAUGAAAAGCGCGAGGAAAAGAAAAACAAACAAAAACAGAAAAAGAUUGACGAAGAUUUGAUGGAAGAGGAGGACCAAGAUCUUGGUGACGACGUAAUCGAUAGAGACCAAGAACAAGAUGACGUCUUAGGUGGUGAUGGAUCACAAGACGAUAAACCAAUGUCUGAAGCUGAUUUAUUUUUAAAGCAUCAAAUGGAAGUUGAAACUGCCAAAACUAAUUUAUCAAAAUUGGCAUCAAGAAUUUUAGAAGAUCCAGAAAGAAAUAUUAUGUUUAUUAAAGAUAUUUUUGCGAUUUGUAUAUUAAGUCAAGAUAUAAUAGUAAAGAAAUUGGGUGUAUUGUCGUUGGGAGCAGUUUUCAAGGAUAUUAUUCCAGGUUACAAGAUUCAUGUGGACAAGGGAAAUUCGACGUUGGAAAGAGUUGAUGGCAAAGUGCAAAAGGUUAAAUAUUCAAAGGAAAUCCAACAAGCCAAACAAUAUGAAGCCAAGUUGAUGAAAUUCUAUCAAACCUACUUGGUGUUUAUCGAAAAUACCAUUGACAUUUGUUUGAAUCAACAACAAGCCCACAGCGCUGCCGUCAAGAGUGCAACGAUUUUCAGCUCCUUUGUCAGAAAGGGAGAGUUUUCAAUCAGAGAGUAUGGUGGUCUCUUGUUGCAGGUAAUCAAAUGUGCCGCCACCUUGUUAGUGUCGCACCCACAUUUCAACUUCCGUACCAAUCUUGUCACCAUUGUCACACGUUUCUCUGUGUAUCGUGAUAAUGAGGUGUCGACUCUCUGUAUUUCACACAUUAGAGAUCUCUUUAAACAAGAUACUACCGGUGGUGAGACAUCACUCGAAGUCAUCAGAAACAUUUCCAAUGUUGCCAAGGUCACCAACUAUAUGUUUGACCCACGUAUCAUCCGUACUUUUAUGGUGCUUCGAUUCAAUGACCUCGUUGAAAAGGUGAAUCCAUACGGCACCAGCUCCGAAGAAUACGCAUCGAUGCUCGACAAGAAGAAGAAGUUGUCCAACAAGGAACGUAAGCUUCUUUCACACAACGAUCGUAAAGAGUUUAGAAAGGAAAAGAAAUUGGAGCAAGAGAUGGAAGAGGCCUCUGCCGUCUACUCGUCCAAGGAACAAAAAUACAUUCAAACCGAGAUGCUCAAGAGUGUCUUUUUGACCUAUUUCCGUAUCAUCAAGAGAGCUCCACACUCGCUGGCCAUGACAUCGGUACUCGAAGGUUUGGCUCGUUUCUCUCAUCACAUUAGUGUUGACUUUUUGGGUGACAUGUUGCAAGCUCUCUCUACUCUGAUGGAGAAUCAAGUAACCACCCUACCAAACGCAUUGAAUGCCUCCAUCACUGCAUUCAAGACGGUCAAGUUGCACGGUCACACUUUAAACGUCGAUCUCAAAGACUAUUUCUCCAAGGUCUAUUCCAUGUUGGGUCAACUCGCAUUGCCCAGUCAACAACAUGUAUGUGUGUUGGCUUUGAAUGCACUCCAAUUGAUGCUUGGUGAACGUAAGCAAACUGCAGUGGAACGUGUCGCUGCCUUUAUCAAACGUGUUGCCAUCAUCUCAUUGUCCACUCCACCCAACGCCUCACUUGCCAUCAUUUCAUUCAUCAAACAUCUCUUUGUCAUUUAUCCACAAGUUCAACGUAUCAUUGAAAACGAUGGUACCUAUACUGGUGGUGAAUAUAAUUUCGAUAUUGAAGAUCCAGAUCAUUGUAAUCCAUUUGCUACUUCUCUUUGGGAACUUUCUUUCUUUUAUAAACAUUGGCAUCCAGCAAUUGAUCCAGUAGCAAAAAGAACAUUAGCAUUUAAUGAAAGAGCAUCAGAAUUGGUAGGAAGAGAAAAGACCCCACCAGAGAUUUUCGAAUUAUAUGAUACUAGCAAGGGAGGCUUUAAUCCACCAAUCAAGAUUCCAGCCGAUCAUCCAUUAAAACUUAGAGCCAAGAAACUUGAAGAGGAAAAAUUAAAGGCAAAGGGUAAAAAGUUGGAAAUGUUGGAAAAGCAAAAGGUCUUUGUCAUUCCAAGCAGUCAAUAUCCAAAGUCUUCGUUUUUGACAGACAUUACCAAACAAGUCCAAGAAUUUGACGAAUCAUCUGUUUCAUUUGCUUCAUAUUUCACAGAGCUAAAAGACUAUGAACAAGAAUUAAAAUUAUCAAGACAAUUAAAGAGAUUGGAAAAAGUUAAAAUCAUUGCUACUCAACAAUUUAAAUUAAAACAACAAUCAAAGGAAAGUAAACCACAACCACAACAACCACAACAACCAUCAAAGACACCAACAACAACAAAGGCAACAACAAAGACAACAAAGAAACAAUCAAUAAAGAAAUAA